UCCAGCGAUGUAAACAAGAACGCGAAAGACAAGUCUCGGUUACCUCUUGGUACCGUUGACACCAGCACGGGUAUUUAGAGCGUCACAUUCCCGCAUCAAACGGCUCGACCGACUCUGGAUCACGGUCAUGAACCUCCCCGUCACUGUCAAAGUGAACUUCAGGGGCAACGUGAAGAAAUUUCCCGUCUUGGACACGAACAAAGCACAGUGGGAGACUGUGGAGGCCUGGAUUAAAACUACAUUCGGGUUGUGUCAUUUUCAAGUGAAAUAUUUUGACGAGGACAACGAGGAGGUGUGCAUAAAUAUUCAAGAUGAAUACACAGAAGCUCUGAAGAGUGCAUUUAAGCAAGCCAAUCAGCUACACAUGAAUGUCUAUAAGAUGAAGGGUCAGGCAGAAGGUGGUGCAGUGAAGGCAGAGCUGAAGGAUCUAAAGAUAGAUCCUAGACCUGCUCCUCCGUAUCGAGCAAGAGUUAAGAUGACAGACAAGGAGACCCAGGUGACUCCUGAGCGGGACUCGCAGGUUGUGGCCAAGGACAACAAAGGGAUGAAAACAGAGGAGGAAGCAGUGCCAACAUGGUUCAAAUCCUACAUGGACAGGUUCAAAGACCAAGUGGUUCGGGAGGUAGUGGACAGAAUGUGUAGUGAGUUUUCCGGCCAGUGUUGCACACACAGGACCUCAGAUCCUCCAGCAGAGGAGCCAAGCACCUCUGGCACUCAGAAACCUUCUAGCUCCACUACACAAAGGGCCUCUAGCUCAACUCCAAAUUGCAGUAGCUGUAAAGGACCAGCCACUGGGGGAGGAUAUCAGUGCAGUGUUUGUCCAUCUUGCAUCUUAUGUGAGCCAUGUAGUCAUAAACAUGAUCCCAGCCAUAACUUAAAGAGAACAAGGACUCCUUUGUCGGUUCCUGAACGUGGAGUUACUCCAGAACCCAGGUUUCUGAGACGGGGUGACAGGACAGUGCGAAAGGCAGAGAGACAGCGGCUGAAGGCUGAGAGGAGGCAGUUGAAGGCAGAGGUGAAGGAGAUCAAGAAGAAGCUGAGGUUGGAGAAGCGAGGUCUGCUGUGGAGUGGAGCCUCCAAUGGGACCGGCAGCUCAGGCCUUGCCCCCGCUCCUGCCCUGUCUCUAGGCCCAGGACCAGCUCCGGCCCUGUGCCCAGACCCUCAAACGUCCAGUCCAGAGGGUCCCAAGGUCUCCUGCUCCACCUUGGUGCCCACAAUGACUGCCUUGUUUCUGGAUGAGAAUCUACCAGAUGGCACUUGUCUGGAGCCGGGCACCAAGUUCAUCAAAUACUGGAAGAUGAGGAACACUGGCAACAUCAGCUGGACUUCUGAUACCAAGUUGAAGUUUAUGUGGGGCAACCUGACCCUGGGAUCACGGGAGCAAAAAGAGGUUGCAGUGCCCUUUCUGCAACCGGGUCAGGUUGGUGUGGUGAGUGUGGCAUUUGUGGCACCCCUGCUGGAGGGCACCUACACUUCUCACUGGCGCCUGGCACACUGUGGGGUGCAGUUUGGGCCCAGAGUGUGGUGUAGCAUUGUAGUCGUGCCAAGCUUAGGGAAGAAACUCAACUCCCAAUCCAGCAAAACAUUGAGUACUGAUCUCUGUUUAAUGGCGAAAGAGGGGAUAUUCUGUUCAGGCACCAGGGACUGUAAUGCUCAAGUGUCUACCAGCUCCAGGAGAGAGUACUACAUACCCUCUGUUGACUUACUAACAGCACAGGAUCUGUUGUCAUUUGAGUUGUUGGAUAAAAACAUUGUGGAAGAAUUGGUGAAAGUACCAGCCAACACUCCAGCUGAUAUGACCCACUGUAUUUCUCCACCUCCUCAUCAUGGAUCCUUGUUUGGAAAGCAUGGAAGGGGACUAAACAAAGCCAAGGCUGGAUGUUCAAGUGGGAAAGUGUUGCAGCCUCAGAGACAGAAUGAGCCCCUGGACAUUCUAGCCAAUGAGGAAGGAGAUGAAGACAUCAGCGGGACGCAGUUUGUAUGUGAGACUGUGAUCCGUUCUCUCACCCUGGAGGAGGAACCAGAAUGCAAGCCUAAACGCAGGGUUCGGUCCAAACUAAGCAGGCUUGAUGUUCACGACCCUGCACGCUUUCAAGAGAGAUCUUUACAGGCAAAGAAUAACAGACCUUUGCCAAUCACUAACAGGCCUGAGGCUCCAGCUUCUCUACCAAAACUAGUCAUAACAGAGGAACCAGUCAUGCCAGUCUUUUUGGAGGCACUGAUUGGCUCAAAUGAAAACCUCUACACCGACCCAGCUGUGCAGGAAGAGAAUGAAGAGGAAGUGGAGAAUAAGGGACAUGAAAAAGAGGAAGAGGCAGGAGAGUGGGAUGAGGUGAGCAGCCAGGUGUCCUCUGCCUCCUCAGAGGACUACAUUGUCAUCCUGCCUGACUGCUUCGAUACUUCCAGGCCCCUGGGAGAAUCGAUGUAUAGCUCAGCAAUGUCCCAGCCUGCAGUCCCUCUCACCAACGAGCCAGAGGCACCGCAGAUCCAGGGCACUGCUGAAGGAGAGGUCGAGGAACCCACCCCUGUUCCAGUUCUUCAAAGUAGCCUGAACAGGAUGCUCUGCACCUCACAGAUACUGGAUACUCCCCCACUAUUUCCAGAGAUGGUUCCUCCACCCAUACAUUUUCCACCUCCCCCAUCUCUUCAAACACACAGAUCAGUGAGACCACAUGAUCUUGAGUUAGGACCAGAGGCCUCUGAGGAGAACACAUCAUGCCAACCUUUGGAUGACUUGAGUGGGUGCAGAUCAGCUCAUUUAGAGGCCCCAGUUAGUGCCUUUGAGACCUGCAGCUCCCAGGAUCUCAGUGUGCAUCAUGGUGGUCUGACAGAGGGGCUGGUGAAGGGAGCACUCUCUGUGGCUGCCUCUGCUUAUAAAGCACUCUUCACAGGCCAAAGCACAGCUUCACAGCGGCCUGCUGUUGAUCCAGCCUGUGAUGAUGCCUCCAUGAUGGCUGUUUUGCAGGAGAUGGGUUUUAGUAACCAGCCACUUAAUCAGAAGUUGUUAAGGAAGCAUCAUUACAAUUUGCUUGAUGUGGUCAAUGAGCUAGUGCAGUUAACUGACAGUGAAUGGCACAUCUCAAGACAUUAGGAAGCACUGUGGCAACCUUAAUGUCUACAACAUGAAAUGUAAGAAUUUUUAAUGAUUUUAUCAUGUUGCAGCAUUCUCUUCAAAAGAGGAGUGGGGUGCUGUCAAAUGACCCUGAUGUACUUUGUUAGAGACUCUCGAAUAAGAGAACUAUAUCGCUCAACUGAAAAUAGCUGCAAUGAUGCAAUUUCUUGAUUGUAUAAUUUUAGUUUAAUGUUUAUAGGACAUUAUUAAUGGGGAAACAGCAUAUGUUUUAUUUAGCAGUCUUCAUGUUAUCUGUGUAUGUGCCCUACUAACACAUAUAGACUUCUGUUAGGGAGGCUUCAGGUAUCUUUUUUUUUUUUUAUUGCUUGAUAAGUCUAAUUUGAGACAAUGUCCCGAGGGUUGCAGUUUGUUUGAACACAUUUGCCUCGGAGGAAAGAUGGAAAAAGUAAUGCUUAUGUUGAUUUGUUAUUUGUCACAGUGACCUCUUUAUUUAUAUACUGUAUACAUUUUCAAUCACGCUAAUUCAUAUAAUGUUACGUUAAGGUGUCGGGCUACCAAACUUAAAGGAAUGUGCAAUUAGUUUUUUCUGUCAUGCUUGACACAACCAGUGGUCAAAGUUUUUGCUAGUCACCAACUUUGGUCAUUUUUAAGUACCACCAAUGUAUUACUAUGAGCUGAAGGCUUCUCAACAUGGCUUUUGGUGUCAAACGCAGUGAAUAAACAUUCCAUAUGAAUAGUUGUUGAAA